CUUAAAUUUGAAUCAGAUUAACGUGUGGGGUGUUUCAGAAAUUCCUUGUCAGCAAAACAUAGCAGGAAAAAGUGAACAAAUUCAGAAUUAUAUUUUGCUUCACGUAUGAUCUCACUCUACUUCAGCAAGCACAACAAAUAAAUUAAUAAAGAGAAUAGUUAUAGUUUCGGGUAAGUAAACGUUCAAUCAGUAUACUUUUGAAAAUGAUAAUAUAUACUUUUUUUUUUUCUGCUCCAGUAUCCAUCUAGUUGCGCAUUCUGAAGUCAUAGUCUAGUCAUGAAUGUUGAGUACAUUUUGUGGGAAUUUAAUAAAGAACAUGAUACCGCAUCAACUGCAAUGAGAAUCACAUUCAGCAAGCUCAUCGGCUAUAUUUUGAGCUUCUGAAUCACAUAUAGUCAUUCAGUAAUGGCUAAAGCUAUGGAACAACAGAAAAGAGGUUCUGAUGUGUUUGUGUUCAGAGAGUUAAAGCCACACCUGUUCAUGGUUAUAGUUCAGGUGGGAUAUACCUUAUUAUAUUUCAUCACUGAAGCCUCCUUCAAUCAUGGGAUGAGUCCUCAUGUCUAUGUAACCUAUCGCCAUAUUGUGGCCACGCUUGUUAUGUUCCCUUUUGCAUACUUUCUGGAGAGAGAUGUUAGACCAAAGCUGACAUUUGCUCUUCUCAUGGAAUUUUUUUUGCUUUCUCUGUUAGGGGUUAGUGUAACCCUUAACAUGUACUUUGCAAGCCUGAACUACACAAAUCCGACCUUUGUUGCUUCCAUGGUCAACACCAUAGCUUCCCUUACCUUCAUUAUUGCAGUAGCAAUCAGGUUUGAGGUUGUUGAUGUUUGGAAUCCUCGAGGUAUUGCAAAAGUUAUUGGGACCAUGAUCUCCUUAGCUGGUGUUUUGAUUAUGACCCUGUACAAAGGACCCGUGAUGAGAAAUUUAUGGCGUCCUCUAAUCCACAUUCGACCGAAAAGUGCUGCUAUCACCGAAGACUGGUUAAAGGGUUCGAUUCUUACAGUUGCAAGCUGUGUUGCAUGGUCUUUAUGGUACAUUAUGCAGGCAUCGACUUUGAAAAGAUACCCUGCUCAACUCUCACUCACCACGUGGAUGUGCUUUGUUGGAGCAGCACAAUCAGCUGUUUUUACUGUUAUAAUAGAACACGACUCUUCUGCAUGGACUAUGGGGCUAAACAUUGACUUGUGGUCCACAAUAUAUGGUGGAGUUGUAGUUGCUGGCUUGAUAAUCUACAUUCAACUAUGGUGCACUGAGAAAAGAGGACCAGUUUUUGUCACAAUGUUCAACCCUCUUUCUACUAUAUUGGUGGCAAUUCUAGCCUACUUUGUCUUUGGUGAGAAACUUUAUUUGGGAAGCAUCAUAGGUUCACUCAUUGUCAUAAUUGGUCUUUACUUUCUGUUAUGGGGCAAAGAACGUGACCAAGUGGUUUGCAUGAAGAGCACAGAUAAAUCACAGUGCAGUUCUGCAGACCCAGAAUGCAGAAUGUAGUCAAUUUAACAGGAAUUGGGAAGAGAACAGAACAUGGAAGUCAUGAAGCUAGGUUUCUAUGUUUUUUUUCGAUAAACACUUUUCUGUAAAACCAACAAAGUUUGCUGCUUUCCAAUCCUCUCAAGUAUUCCUUUUAAAAAUCAGAUCGUGUUUGUGUUGAAGUAAAAGUUUGUAGCAUUAACGUGUGUUUGGAAAUGUCCUUUGAAAUGCAGAGGAAUGAAACAUAACUUUUUGUCGUUCA